AUAAACUAAAUGAAUAUUUUAUUUAAUUAAUUAAAUAUUGUUUAGUGUUAAGAGAUAUUUUAGUUACAUACUUUCCGUUUUUGAAUAAGUGUCAUUUUGAUACUUUUCACACCGACUAAGAAAAUAGUAAAAAAAAAUAUGUAAGUUAUUAUUAAUUAUAUCUUUCUGAUCAAUAGUAAUUGAAAUAAAUAAAAUCAUUUAUAAAACUAAUGUAAUUUAUAAUUAAUUUUCAACUGAAAGUAAAUAUAAUUUGUAUUAGAAUUGUGAAAUGAUAAUUUUUGUGUAACAAAAAUAAAAAAAAUUGAAAAGAUACUUAUUAUGAAACAGAUGGAGUAAUAUUUAUUUUAUAUGGCCAAAUUAAAUAAUCAAUGUUUGGGAUAGAUAAUUCAGGAAGACAUUAUUCAUGUUCAGCCGACCUUCUGAUUCAUGUUUGGAGAAAAUUUAUGUUAACUUUGCUUUAUCUAUACUUUCGUAUAAAAUGAAAAAUUUAUGCUAAAGAAAACUCUUCCAUAUUUUUGAUUAUGGAAGUCUUUAAUCUAAUUGCCGACUAUGAACUAUCUAUAUAAAAGGAGUCUAAACCUUAGAAUAAGGGAUGACCACUAUACACAAAAAUAUUAGAACUAGGUUUGUACAUCAAUUUUAUAGUUCAUGCUCUAAAAAUCAAUAGAACAAUAUUUUUGAUCUCUUUUCCUGCUUUUUUUUACUUGCUUUUACAUUCCAUGCUACCACAAAUGUACAUGCAUGAAUUUAUCCUAACAAUUAACAUUGUUAUAGCUAUUUUGUGUAAUCAUCUUGCUAAUAAUUUGGUUCAGAUAUAUUAUAAUCUGUUUGAUUUUUUUAUAGUUAAUGUUAAGCAUUUAUCUUCAGAUAAUAUAUAUUUUGAAUAUUUUAAUAAUUAUAUUUUUAUUAUAUUUACUGUAUAAUGUUUAUAUAUAGCUAUAUCUCUAUUUCUUUAUAAUAAAAUGAUUUAAUUACUUUAUAACAAUUAAAAAUGAUUUUAAUAAAAAUAAUUAUUGUGUUACUAUAUUGUUUCAAUAUAAAAUUAAUUAUUGUGUUGUUUGAAAAUAAUUACUUUAUAAUAAAAAAUGAAUUUAAUUUAAAAUCUCAUAAAAAGUUGGAUCCAAGAGAAUAUUUCCUUUUUAAUAAAAGAGAUGUAAGCUCAUCCUUUUUUUUUCUUCGCAUAUUCCCGAGUGGAGCAUAGUUUCCAAAAACAAUUAAUGGACUUUAUUUAUUGUCUAGUACCGUUGAUAUCACCAGAGAAAUCAGUGGAUCAUCUAAUCAGGUACUAAUUUGCUACACCUGUACUCCUUUGUUUCAUACUUUCACUAUUUUGUAGAAUGUGUCUCUUAGAAUUCUAAAUGAGUAAAAAAUGUAUUUCAGUCAUUUUUUUGUUUGUGUAAAACAAAGUAACAUUUUUUAAGAAACUAAAUGAGUAACAACGAGUUGUUUGACAUUUUUCUACAACAUUUAUUUUCUCUGUUUCGUAAAGAGUGUUAUUUUGAUAUUUUCUACACAUAUUAAGAAAAUUAAUGAAAUGAAUUUAUGUUCUUAUUAAUUUUAUUUAUUUAAUUAAUAAUAUUUAAGAUAAAUACAAUUAUUUAUAAAACAAUGUGUUUUGUAGUUAUUAUAAAACUUAAAAGAAAUAUAAGUUACAUUGAAAUUCUAAAAUGACAUUUUUGUGUAACAAAACAAAUCUCGAAAAAGCAUUUUUUGUGAAACGGAAUAUCGAUAGACCGACAAUAUUAAAGUAUGUUCUCAGUUAGCUCUGACUUAAUUUGAGUAUUUGCUCCUUUUCCAAAUGAAACGUUUUUCUUGAAGAAGAAUCUUCUUGGUUUCAUCAAAAGAUAGAACUCUAUUUGAUUAAACAUUGCAGCAGAUCAUGUAGAUCAAGCGGAUCAAAUGCAGAUCAUGUGGAAGAAAGGCAGAUCAAACAAUCUAUUAUAAUUAAUGUUUUGAAUACCGGAAUGGACAUUGACUCGGCAUUAUAGCUGAGUCAAAGGUCGGACCAAUCCAACCGAUCCAACGGCAUUUUAAUUUAAUUUUAAGUUGAAUUUAAAAAAACCAAGUUUUAAUAUCGAAACGGAUCACUGGUUUUACCAAGUUUGACCAGUUAUUGAUUGAGUUUACCAAUUUUACUCAAAUCAGAUUCUUAACACAACUCAUAACCGGUUAGACGAUCGACAGUCUGAUCGGUUUGACCGGUAAGUCCGGUCCGGUAUUCAAAACACUGAUUAAAAUUUAUAAAGAUGAAAAAUUAAAUAAAAUAGAUUACAUAUUUAAAUAAUAAAAAUUACAAAGAUAAAAUAAAAUAUAUAAGUAUAUAAAUACAAUACAUAAAUAGUAAUUAAUAUUGCACUAUAGUUAUGUUACUGUAAUUUUGUAGAUCAAAAUAUGAAAAUAUUAGUAAUAAACCAAAUACAUUUUAUUUUUUUAAACCAAAUACAUCUAUCUUCCAUUCAUAUAUAUAUUUACUUAAUUAAAAACACAGCACCAUAUCAAUAAUUCAGAUAAAUGUUAAAUUUAUAUGACAUAAAUAAAAAAAGAGAUAAAUCUUAAAUAUAAAAAGAGAUAAAUAGAAAAUUGAAAUUUUUUUGUAUUGUUAAAACUGUAAAUAAAAUUGAAUGAAAAUAUGUUAUUUAUAGAAGAAUAUUAAAUAUAUUAAUAAUUUCUAACAAAAGCAUUUAUGCUUUGAAUGAAAUGCAGUUUAAAUGCAGAUUAAAUGCAGAUUUUUGGGAUGCAGAUCAAUCUGCAUUUUAUUUACCAUUCAAGUUUUAAUUGCAGUUCAUUAAUAUUGCAGAUUGGACUGCACUGAUCUGCAUGCAGAUUAAUAAUAGUCAUUAAAAUGUUGAUCUGCAAAAAUCAAGAAAAAAGUGCUGGAAUUUAUGCAGAUAACCAAUGAAUGAAAAUCUAAUUUUUUUUGUUAAUUAUUAAUAAACAAUGUACUUUGUAUCAUCUACUUUAUCUUACUUCACUACAAGUCAUAAAUAAUAUUUACAUUGAUAGAAAAACAUAUAUACCAUAGUUCAUUUUAUUUUUAUUCUUGAUAAUAAGUAAUAUAAUUUAAAUAACUAAUACUUGUUUAUAAAUUGUUAUUUUAUAAUAUUGUAUAUAAUUAAUUUAAAGAAAGCUUAUUUUUAUUUUUAAUUUUUAAUUUAUUAUAUGUAUUUAAGAACUUGUAUUUUCAGUUUGGAUAUUUCAUUUUAAGUAUUUUAGUUUCUAAAAUUUAAACAAAUAUGAUAAUUAGUAAAUUUAUUUAUCAAAUAGAAUUAUGUUUGUUUUGUAUAGUCGUGUUUAGGCCCGUUCAAUUAUAUUUAUCUUUUAUAACAUUUUAAUUUAUAUUUGGUUAAUAUAUUUAUAUUUUUAUAAUUUUGUUUCAGUAUGUAGUUAUAGAUGUUAUUUUCUUAUCGUAGUAAAAUAUAUGACCAGUACAAAAAUUAAUUAAUAUUUUUAUAUAAGUAAAUAUAAUGAAUUAUGUUUUCAAAUUAUACUUUUUCAAAUUCAAUUUUUUUUAUAAAUUGUUUUUUUUUAUUUUUUGAUUUUUUUUUAAUUUUUUCAAAAUUUAUUUUUGAAAAUCAAAAAUUAUGUUUGAAACUAUUUUUUAAUUUUCUUUUAAUAUUUUUUAAAUAUUUAUUUAUAUAUUUAUUAGAAUCCUAAAUUUCACAUUCCAAAAACCCUAUUCCACCCCAACUCUAAACCGUAAGUCUAGAUUAGUUAACCCUAAGGGUAUAAGUGUCUUUUACCCUUCAUUAAAAAAGAGUAAAAUUGAUUAGUGUAAACAUGAAAAUUGGUACUAUGAAUGAGGUAUUUGUGGCAAUUUUCCAUGAAUUUUUAUAUAAUUUUAAAUUUCACUAUACUUAUUAAAAAGAAUAUAUUUAUUGAUAUUUUGUCAAAAUGAUAUUUAUUACUUAUUUAUAAUAAGUUCUAUUAUGUUUAGAUAUUUAAUUUUAAUUAAAAAAGUCAACAUUUAUUUAAGUACAAUUUAUUGAAUUAGCUUGAUCUGCAUUUGUUCUGCUUGAUCUGCAUGAUCUGCAUUUGUUCUGCUUGAUCUGCGUUUUUGUUUGAUCUGCAUUUUUUGAACUGCGUUAUCCAUUCGAAGCCUUAUUAGUCAAAAAGAAAAAAAAGGGUGAACAUCUCCAAAAUUGUAAUGGACAAAACUGAAUGUAGGAGAUCUGCUUUUUUCAGAAAAGACAAAAAAAAUUUGAACUGCAUGCAGUUCUCCUGCAAUUAAAUUUUAAAAACAGAAAAAACAUGAAUGGUGUGUUAAAUGGAGUUCUCCUGUAACAACAUUGAUCUGCCUCUCUCCUGCCACUCCCAUUCAUAACCUAAGCAGGGGCGAAGCUUGACUUUUUUAUAACUGGGUGCAAAAUUACUAAUAAAAAUAGUCUACGGGGUAUUGAACUCAUGUUGUUAGAAAAUCAUGGGUGCACCAUAACCAAAUUAACUAGCUGCAUCUUAUGUUUUUAGUGUAAAAUGUUAAAUAUUUAAAAUACACUGGGUGCAUGUGCACCCUUAGUAAUCAACGUGGCUUCGCCACUGAACCUAAGACUAGCAAUUGGAUUCAAAGUAACUCCGCAAACCUCCAUAUUAGUUUGAAUACCAACCUCAACUUGGUUCUUAACUUGACAAUCCUGGAUUUAGUUUCUCCAAUUACAUUUCGUAUGAAGAUGUAUCCUUCCGACACUGACGUGUGUCUUCUUGCAAUGAAUUGUAAUUUUCAACUAACUGUUAUCAGGCCCGGCCCUGUGCAUGUGCUGGGAGCACAUUUGCACAUGGACCAUUACAAUUUUGAAAUUUUUUAGCCCAGAACAAAGCUUGAAAAUGUUUUAAAUUAUUUUUUUUUCUUAAAGAAAAAGAACCCAGAUUUUUUUUCUUCUUCUUAAAAAGGUCCUAAAUUUUUUUUUUCAGCACAGGACCUCACCUACAACUGAGACGGGCCUGACUGUUAUUCACCUUUAGUCACAAUAUACUUCAGAACUUGCCCUGGGAACUGUUCUGGAGUAUAUUGUGACUAAAGGUGAAUAACAGUUAGUUGCGUUUUAAACACCGUGACGUAUAUGUUUCAAUGCUUCUGGUUUGGGAGAAGCAUGCAUGAUUUCUUGUCACCAAAAGUUAAAAAGUUAUGGUGGGUAGUUACCCCUCUUUUAGUGCAUGUAGCUUCUCCACUGGUCAUGUCAGAUGAUGCUGUUUUGCCUCCCCGUCUGUUGUCUCAUACUUAUUUUCUAACUUGUGUAACAUUUUCUUCCAUAAAGUCAAGUCAAGUGUAUACCAUCCACGCCCAUUACUUGUAUUGCUAAUAGCCUGGUGCCGGAUGUCUUUGAUUGCUUUUGUCUUUUUUAAGUAAUAAAUAAAAAAAUUAAUUAAACAAUUUCAUAAUUAAUUAAGGGUAAACUUGUAGUUAAGCAUAUCAGCUUUAAGUAUAUUUCAUAGUUAAGAUAUAGGAUUGAAUUGCAAGCUUUAAUUAAUCAAAAAAAAUCAAAAUCAAACAAAAAGAGAUAGAAUGAUAAUACAAAACAAAUAAAAAAUGGAAAAGUUUGAGUUUGUGGCAGACCCGGUCAGUGUCGUUCUGAAAAGCAGAGUAUGAAUGGUAAAAUAAGACUGAAACAGUAGAGAGAAACCAUAAAGAUUAUUCUUGUCUGGUAUUUAAAAAGAAGGAAUGUGAAUGUGCUUUUAAAUUUAUGAUGGUCUCUCUGAAUCUCUACAGCUAAAUUAGUCAAUCUGAAUCGGUUUCUGCGAUGGUAAAGCUCAAGCACGGCGCCCAUGAAUGUCUGCUGACCUCGCCGGAGAUCAUAGACAACGGCAUCUGCAACAUCUGCUUCAAGGACGAACCUAUAGAAUUCGCAUGUGAUCUUUGUAACUUCGACCUCUGCAGAGCUUGCUCGAAACUACCACUCAAGGUGUCACAUGAUUUUCAUCCGGACCACCCUCUCGAGUUUUGUCUAGGCAAGAAAGACGGGAACGAGAGAUACAAGCUCUGCUCCGGGUGUGGGGAUUUGUUUUCUGAUCAGUCCCUUUAUUACAAGUGUAAAGACUGUGAGAUCUUCUUGGAUCUUGGUUGCGCCAUCCUGAACAACACCAAGACGAGUUGGUACGCGGAAGAAAAGCUCCAUUACAGUCAUGCGCACUUUCUUAGGAGGUGUAAACCAGGACCAGACGCUAGAGGCUCCUGCUUGAUGUGUGAGCUUCCUCUCACUCCUUCUGCUGUAUCCUACGGUUGUUCUCAAUGUUACUUGUUUGCUCACGAGCGAUGCCUUGACCUUCCUCGAGAGAUUCAACAUCCAGUGCAUCAGGCGCACCCUCUCACACGCCUUGAUUUCACACAUACUUGUGGUGGUGGAAAAGUCUGUGAUGCGUGCGGGCUCCAUGUCGAAGGCGCCCCGCUUAGUUGCCUAGAAUGCAGUUUUUAUCUUCACUUGAGGUGUGCAGAUUCCUUGUUGCGAGGUUUGGUGCACAAGUCUCACCAGCACAAGUUGUUUUAUCUAGCUAAUAAUGCUAAACUAAGAUUUAAAAACGGAUGUCGAGUGUGCAUGAGAGACGAUGAUGGGUCCUAUGGGGACUACUUGUAUCAUUGCGUGGAGUGUGGUUGGAGGUCUCAUUUCAAGUGUCUUGAGAUACCCGAGUCCGUUGUCAACAAAUCUUAUCACAUUCAUCCACUUGUUUGUAAAAUAUUCUUAUCCGAAGACGACUCUUUGGAGUAUUGUGACGUUUGUGAGACAAUGGUACACGCAGGACAUCAUGCCUAUUGCUGCGAAGAAUGUGGUUUUUUAAGUCACAUUGAGUGCAUUCUACAUGAGGAAAUGCCUUCCCCGUUGUACUUGAAAGAUCUGUAUUCUCAUCUUGGUGAAAAACUUACAAGGCCAGCUGAUCACGAUGAUAAAUGUGAAACUAAGGAAUUAGAAAACAAACUCGUGGUUAUUGAUGUUACGCAUAAUCAUGUGCUGAGGUCUCGCUAUGUUACGGCGUCUCAGAAAGGAUGCUGGAUCUGUUAUAGGUAUAUACAUGGAAGAUUAUGGAAAUGCGAGACAUGUCGUUUCGAGGCACAUGAUAACUGCAUAAAGCUAAGUCAACAGUCGAGGUAUAGAUUCCAUUUGAAUCAUCCUUUGACACUUCUACCAAGUUAUCCUGCAGGGGCUACUAAUAUGAGAUGUGACACCUGCAAAGAAAAGAUAGAUUAUUUCAAUCUAUUCUGCCGCAUAUGUGAUUUCAUCAUUUGUACCAAAUGCGCGGUAAGCGUUAAAAUGCGUCUUGGAGAAUUACAAAGGGGGCAAAAGUUCAUUAGAUACGAAGAAGGAAAAUUUUGCUUGAAAGGAGGACAUGACUUGGUUCAAGUUAUGGUCUCAAGAUCAUAUAUGGUGGCUUGUACUCUUUGUGAUGACAGGCUGUGCAAUGGAAACAUAGUGUCAUGUCCUGACUGUGAAGAGAUUUAUCAUUCUCAGUGUAUUGAACUUUGGAGGCGAUACCGGGCACUAGAAAAUCAUCCACUUCAUUAUAAUCACAUUUUAUAUAUGAUCAAACGGAAAACUGGAUCCAAAUGCACUGCCUGCAAACCCGAUAUUGAUAUUUCAAAGUAUGUUUUCUUUUGUUCCACUUGCUCUCUCAGCUUCCAUUUUAAAUGCAUCCAAGCAGUGGGUAUAUCAACAAGGAUCAAGACCCACAAGCACUGUCUCUACAACUUUUUGAGCGAUGACUCCUCCCGCCCUUGCACUAUUUGCAAUAAACCAUGUGGUGCGUCCUUCUACGCCUGUGAUAUUUGUAACGUGUGCGCCCAUGAAGAAUGUAUUGGGUUUCCAACCUAUGUUAAGAACCAACGCCAUCAGCAUAUUGUUAACCUCAAGAAAAUUUAUGCCCCGAAAAUUUGUUCUAUCUGCGGAUUAGACACCAAGUUCUCUGGUCAUAAGUAUCAAUACACAUGUGAUGACUGUAAGGAUGUGUUUCACACCAACUGUAUUAUGUCCAUGGUUGAACGUGAGGCAGCAACAGAAGAGGAACAAAUUAGUGAUCUCUCGAAUAUGCUCAAGGAUAUGGAUGAGAGUGAUGAAGAAGACAGUGAUUCUUCUUAGUCAGUCAGUGGUACUGGUAUAGAAGCUAUGUAAAGCUGCAUCGGAAGAGGAACAACUUCAAAAAACCAUAUGCGAUGUAUCGUGUACCUUGUCAAAGAUGGUGAAUACGUUAGUGAUGUUUUGCCCUACUCUGAACCUUUUUUUUUUAUUGUUUUUCUUUGCAAUCCGUUUAGUUUGUAAACGUGGUCUGCUGUUGAAAUUCGGGUGGGUUUGGUUUGGUUUCGGUUCAUUUUGGUUAUUUAAGUUCUAAGAAAACUUUAACUUCAGUCAACCAAAAUUAGUUUGGCUUGUUCUGGUUUGUAUUCGAUUUGGUUUGAGUUUGGUUUGGUUUUUGUACGGUUCAUAUCAAUCGGAUUAGUUUUUAA